AUGGCUUUCGCGUUUUGGCACUUGCCUCUACCCUCGGCCGCCUUGGAGGCAGGAGACCUGGACCCAAGAAGACCCGAACAGGGACUGCAAGCAUUGCCAAGCGGGGAGGGGGUGCCGCAGCGCGCGCCACUUCGUGCCGAGGUCGACUUCUGGCGGUUGCCCCUGCCUCCGCUGGAGUUGGAGGACAUCGGCCUCGUGGAUGUGCCUGACAAGGACGUGGAGGUCUUCUCGCCUCCGGCUGUCGCCUCGGAGUCCACGGCAUCGCCCAAGGAAGAGGUCCCCAGCCCCGUCCCAGACACUCCGAGCGACGCGGAUGGCGAGGCCACGUGCUCCUUUGGUGCUGUCGGGCUUGUGAGCAACUUGGCACGGAUUAGCUUCCAGAUCAAGAACAUCGUGGAGCUGUGCCCUAAAUCUGCAGAGGCGUCGAAGUCAUACAAGCCAGGGGACGAGGCAACCGUUCCAGAGAAGGUUUGUUUGCUGAGCACCACUGCCAUCUUUGCAUCUUUAGCACAGAUCGCUCGAUCCUUGACCGUCCUUUCAUCGACCUGUUCCCGGACAGCCACUGUAGCAGAAGCUUGUGCUGCUUCAGUGGAGACUUUGUUGAUACCUUGGUCACUGCUGGUCAAUGGAGGUGUCAUUCUCUCGGCAGCUUGUGAUAAAGGAGCACCCGAGCUUCCGAAGCAAAUUGAGCCCGGCAGGCGUUUGGCUGACUUCACGAUGCAUUUGCCCAAGGCGCGGCAGGUAGACAUAGCCCAGUGCGUUUUCGAUGCGGUGGAUGCGACGCGUUCGAUCGCAUCCUUAGGGCUUGCCCUUGAUGCCAUGGGAAGGUCUUGCCCCAUUAACCGAGCAACAAGAUUCACGGAAAAGCUGAGCACGGCGGCUUGCGUUGUUGAUGUAUCCAUCGUGCUGACCGCGUUUGAGAAGCUUGUCUUUUUCUUGGCCUUGGCAGUGAAUCAUUGCUCGCCAGAGAAAGAACGCGAUGCGAUCUGCUUGGCGGGUGUGACUGCGAUUGCAGCUGGGCUCACUACGACCUCUGCCGGCGGUGCAGCGACCUGGGCCAGUUGUGAAGUGGGGAGGAAGAACCGGCUGAUCCGAGCAGCAGAGGCAAAGAACGCCGCAGCAGCAGCCGAAGAGGAAGCACGGCUCGUCCUGAAGGCUGCGCCUUUCAACAUUGUCCGACGGAGACUGAGUCCAGAGAAUUCCAGCACGAGCCUGAUGGAUCUGCAGCGCUUGGAGGAGGCUUUUCUGCGUUUCGGAUACAACCUCUCGGAUGACAGCGCGGACUGGCUGCAAGAGAGAGACAGCCUUGACACGUUGGAGUUUCGCACGUAUGCGGAAGACAUCGUUAGGAGAAUGCAGAUCUCCCGCGAUGUGCACAAUGCUUCAGCUGCGGAUGCAGUCAUGCUGGAACUGUCGGAGCUAUCCGAGAUUCCGGCAACGCCCAUAAACCUGCACAACGAGUCAGAGACACUACUCUGCAGCACGGACACUGCAGAUGUGGAUUUCAGAAGCGGGUUAGCAGGCCAGGCCCCGUCUCUCGAAGACAACGUCUCGGCCUGCCAAGCCCGCUGCUCCAGGAUUCUCAGCUGCGCUGCCUUUGCCUACUGGAAGCCCGGGCAGGAAUGCCACGUUUUGGGCCACCUCCGCAUGCCCAUCGCAAGGCCAGGGCGGAAGCACGGCUGGGUCUCUGGACCUCCGGCCUGCCGUGAGGAACAGAUCAGUGCAGCCGCGCGGCUUCUGGCCAAGCGCCAUAGAGACUGCUAUGAUGCACAUGCUUCGUACCAACCGGUGCUGACUGAGCCUGAAGUGGUUGAGUCUGCGCUACAUUGCCAAGAGUGGUGCCAAAAGGAACCGCAUUGUGAGUUUUUUUCCUACUUUGCCCUGUCUGGGCUCUGCCAUCUUUCCCCAGCAUCGGCGACAAAGCUCCAACCGGUGCUGAAUUUCGUGGCAGGAUCCCGUGCCUGCAUGGCCCCACACUCUGGCCAAGGGCUAGAGUUUGAGCCAUGGGAAAUUCCCAGCCGAUCUGAUCUAGGUUAUGUCCCGGCUGGGCUCAUUCUUAUGGCGGCGGCGCUAAUCCUUGCAGUGCCCCUUCGCAAGAGGUUGGCGUACCCGAAGAGUUUUGCUGACAGUUUUGAGCGCCGAUUGACGCCUACACUGCAAACUCAGCCAGACGACGCUGGGUCAGUUCUCUUACAAUUCGAACAGCACAUAUGA